UCUCUUGUUUAUAUGUCGGACUUCCGCAAAGCGUAAAAUGGCUUCACUGACAUGCUUAGCUUGCAAUGUGGGGUUUGAGGAUAUUGCUCUAGGGCGGUUACACUACAAAACAGAUUGGCAUCGCUACAACCUGAAACGAAAGGUUGCAAAUCUUGCUCCUGUAACAUUGGAAAAAUUUCAAGAACGCCAACAGACUCAAGAGAAACAAGAGCAAGAAAUUUCUAAAGUUCACGAAACAUGUUUCUGCAAACCUUGCAACAAAGCCUUCAGCACUCCAAACGCAUGUGAAAAUCAUUUGCAGUCAAAAAAACACAAGGAGGUGGUAGCCGGAGCAGUGAAACAGAAUAAUAAAAAAAAGCUGAAAACUUGUAAGAACAGUGUUGGUCAUGAUGUUUCCUCACCCACUGAAGAUGUUGAUGUUUCCCCACACACUGAAGAUGUUGAUGUUUCACCACACUCUGAAGUUGUUAAUGUUUCCCCACACACUGAAGCUGUUGAUGGUUCAGGAAAACGCAAGCUAAAAAAAAAUAAGACAGAUCCAAUGAUUGUUGAUGAUGAUGAAUCCGAUGCAGAAUCGUGGGAUAGCUGUGAUGAAAAUACUUUAGGCCUGGAAGAGUGUUUAUUUUGUUCAUAUGUAAGCGCGUCUUUGGAAGAGAAUGUCACACAUAUGACUAAGUUUCAUGGAUUUUUUAUACCUGAUGCAGAAUUCAUAAGCGACCUGGAGGGCCUUGUCACUUAUUUAGGAGAAAAGGUGUCAGCCGGCCACUUGUGUCUGUGGUGUAAUGAAAAAGGCAAGAAAUUUUACUCAACUAAAGAUGUACAGCGCCACAUGAUUGAUAAAGGACAUUGUAAAAUGCUUCAUGAUGGGGAUGUCAUUUAUGAAUAUGCUGACUUCUAUGACUACACGUCAAGUUACCCUGAUGCUGAGAAUCCUGAAGUCAAUCCAGAUGAAGCUGUGGAUUUAAACGAGCUUGAGAGUGAUGGUUAUUCUCUGACACUCCCAUCAGGUGCCACAAUUGGACAUAGGUCAUUGAUGCGCUAUUACAAGCAGAACCUUGUUCCACACACUAAUGAACCAACCAAGAAAAUUCUACCCAAAAUGUUGGCUCAUUAUAAAGCUUUAGGGUGGACUGGAUCAACUGGUUCACAAGUGGCGCUUAGAGUGAAGGACUUGCAAUACAUGAAGAGGAUGCGCACCCAAUGGCACAUGCAGCUAGGAUGCAAAGCCAACAAGCUGAGACUUCGCUUCAGAAAUCCCAACCCACUUUAGUAACCUGAUCCAACAAUCCAUCAAGAGGGAGCCUAGUAUUUAUUGUCAAUUCAUCCAACUAUACAUGCUGGGUACUUUCAAAAAAUAAACAGGUUUAUGGUCUUUCAGGCAGAAAGUUUUUUUUUUGUUUUCCAAGCACAAGGUUUUGGUAAAUACUCUUAAGUUAAGUGAAGUACUAGGAUUUGAUGAAACUUAAUUUUGUAAUGUUACAUAACAGACUAGGUAGCAGUAAAAACAAAAAUAUUAAAUAAAUGCAUUUUUCCAGCAGAAUAUUGACUAUAGAUCUACCUACAGAAAUAAAAUUUGAAGACAGAACUGUUGUUUGAAAUGUGAUUUAAAAAAAAAAAAACAUUUUUUGUUAGUUGAAUUUAUCAUGUGUUUUCUGCAGUAGAAUUUUUUAUGUUUUUAAGAAAGUUAUUCCCAAAAUUAGCACACAGCAAAAAUUUAACAUAAAUUAGUAAGCGUUUAAUUGUCUAUGCAGGGAUUUGAUAAGCCAUCAACACUUUUACAAAUAUAUCUGCAAAAAGGAAUCUUUGUCUCAUUUUAGUACAUUAAAUUAACAUAUAAAUAGUGUUGCAUUAUUAUGCUUCAACUUCAAGAGAAUAAUUUAUUUUAUUCGUUUUAGUUUAGUGCAUAAAUAAAAGCUGGUAGUUAAAUGUUUUUUUCUUUAUUAUGGUAACUAGAUAUAGGAAGUUCGUUUUUUCUUCUUCAGUGUUGAGAGAAACUACUCAACUUAUAUCUUCAGCAGUCAUCUGUUGGUUAAAUCCCCUGAUGG